AUGGCGCACCCGUUUCUAAUGGCGCACCCGUUUCUGGGAAACAACACAUGUAUAGGCACAUGUCUAGACCUUUUUAGUGCUGAUGGUAUAAUGGGCCUCGGUCGUGGUCAACUUAGCAUAAUGGAUCAGCUUGUUGAAAAGGGUGUCAUAAGCGAUUCAUUCUCAUUGUGCUAUGGCGGUAUGGAUAUUGGUGGUGGUGCUAUGGUGCUUGGUGGAGUGCCUGCUCCUUCUGACAUGGUUUUUUCACAUUUAGACCCUCUCCGCAGUCCAUAUUACAACAUUGAGUUAAAGGAAAUACAUGUUGCCGGAAAGGCACUAUGGGUAGAUUCAAGGAUCUUCGACAGCAAGCAUGGGACUGUUUUGGAUAGUGGGACCACAUAUGCUUAUUUGCCAGAGCAAGCUUUCGUGGCUUUUAGAGAUGCUAAACUUAGCCAUUUUGAGUAG